CAUAACUCUAAAUGUACCAUGUGAUAGUCAUAAACUUCAAUUUAUGAUGUGGGAUUUAGUCCCUUUUCCUUUUCUGUUUCAGGUAUAUCAAUUUGUUACACGAAGUUUAGAGAAAUAUCUGGUUGACAAGGGAAUAAGUCCAGAAGUGGUUCGCUCCGCCCUUGCAGAGCGUGCAAACAUGCCUUGUCUGGCUGCUGAAACUGCACAUAAAUUGGAAGCCUUGUCGAAAGGCGAUCUUUUCCCCAAGUUCGUAGAAGCAUAUUCUCGUCCAACUAUAAUCGUUUGCGGAAAGGAGGUGGAUGCUGAGGUGGAUGAUGCUGUAUUUGAAACAAAUGAAGAGAGAGCUCUAUGGGGCGCUUUCUUGUCGGUUAAGAACAACAUUCACCCUGGUAUUGAGGUUGAUGAUUUCAUUGAAAUAUCUUCAGAGCUAAUACAACCCUUGGAAGAUUUUUUCAAUGAAGUAUUUGUGAUGGUGGAGGAUGAAAGAAUCAGAAAGAACAGGCUGUGCUUACUUAAGAAAAUUGCAGUCCUUCCGAAUGGUGUGGCAGAUCUCUCGGUUUUACCCGGAUUUUGAUCCAUACAAUGCAUGCAUAUACCUCCACAUUCUUCGAUCCAAAUAAAACACCGGUCUGU